CUGAGUUCUGUACAGCGGCUAUGUUCAGGUACACACGAAGAAGAACUGAGCAUCAGUAAAUACAACUCAGCUAGCUGUAUCAGCCGCUCAAAUCCUGUAAAUCUUUACCAAACACCCUUAAAUCGAGGCAGGAUGCCUCGCUACGCACAGCUGGUGAUGGGCCCCGCCGGCAGCGGGAAGGUAAGUCAUCAUCAGUCAUUCAGAGACUGGAUCUGACAUCCUUCAUUACUCUGUUCAGCUACAGCGGUUCAUGCUAAAGCAUGAGGCUGUCAAGUUUCACACACCAGCAAAAUUCAGAUUACAGCUGUUUGUUUCUCAUUAUUUAUGUUUUAUCUGCCAUUUUAGAGUACCUACUGCUCCACCAUGAUCCAGCAUGUAGAGGCCUCAAACCGGUCAGUUCAGGUGGUCAACCUGGACCCAGCAGCUGAGCACUUUGACUAUCCUGUCAUGGCAGGUGAGGAAAGCAUGUUGGUGGUUCAAAAACAGGAUUCAUAUCUGAACAUUAUUGAUCUCAGUCCUACAUUACUACAGCAGAAAUACAAUGUAAAGUCAUAGCUAGGUUAAGGUGUGAAGAAAAGAAAAGGUGUUGAAGUCAUGUUUAUAACAAGGUUCAUGUUAUUAUAAUAAACUUAGUUGCACUAUAAGAACAAUUACAUUUAUUCACUGGUAGACUUUCGAUGAUCUUUGUGUUUAUCUAACUCCUGGUUUGUGUAAUUUGCUGGUAAAGGCUUUGCUUUAAGAGCCAUAUGGUUUGGUAAAGUCCUGCCUGAAAGCAUUCAUUUUAUUUAUUUCAUAUCCCUGCUUCUUGUCUGUCUUAUAUGCUUUAUGUAUUUUUUUCAAUAUAUGCUUAAUGCUGUUGAAUGCUUGUCCUAAAUGCACUUAAUGUUUGUGGUUACAUACCCACUUUUGCAAUUUUUUACUUAACAGAAAGUGUUGCUUACACCUUAAAUAAUUUCCCGUCUCCUCUAUCUGGUUUUGUGGUUGUUGUUGUUUCUUCAUAGUGAGCUUAUUUUAACAUGUGGCCGGGGACUAGAGAUGGAAACUUGCCUUUUGGCUGACUCUGGCAUGUUUACAGAAAUGUUGGUUUACAUACAAUGUCAUUGUCCCUGUGAAAUAAAACUAAAAUUAAAAGAUAAAUAGAUAAGCAGUUACAUGUUAGAAACAUGGUGGCAAAUUAUAACCCAGAGAAAAAGCCAAAUGUUUGAUCCAAUACCUAUGACUGCGUACUGUCUGAUUGAAAUAGUGUUCACUUAAUUGAAUUAACUUCUUCAUGUCAGUUGAGAGCUUUCCUGUCAUGUCCGCUUUAGGCCACACAACAUUGAUUUGCUUCUCAGAUAAAUGUCUGUGUCCGCAGAUAUCCGUGAGUUGAUCCAGGUGGAUGAUGUCAUGGAGGACCCCUCGCUCAGGUUUGGCCCUAAUGGAGGCUUGGUUUUCUGUAUGGAGUACUUCGCCAACAACUUGGAUUGGCUGGAGGAAAGCCUGGGACACGUUGAGGAUGAUUAUAUACUUUUUGACUGUCCAGGUAAAUAUUGACCAGAGGAAACAGCUAUCUGUGUUUGCCAUAUCAAAGUAAUGUCGAGGGAUACGUGAAAUUUAAUUGCUGUUGGGAAAAAUAACACUUCAGGCUCCUGAGCUUUAAAACAAAACAAGGAAAUGGUCAUGUCUUUUGAUCACAACAUUAUGUUUAUGAUACCCAUUUUACUUUUUAAGAUAAAGGGCCCCAGUCUGAAACUGUGUUGUAAAGCUGAUCAUAGUUUUGACAUGUGCCUUCUUAUUGCAGGUCAGAUUGAACUUUACACACACCUCCCUGUAAUGAGACAGCUGGUGGAGCAGCUCCAGCAGUGGGAGUUUCGGGUGUGUGGGGUCUUUCUGGUGGACUCCCAGUUUAUGGUGGAGUCUUUCAAGGUAAAUGCCACUUGUGUUUUGCUUUACGUCACUCUUAUUUGCUAAACUUAUAAACUUAUUUGUCCAUAAACUGUAAUCUUCUUUCUUUCUCUCUCAACUGCAGUUUAUCUCAGGAGUCAUGGCUGCUCUGAGUGCCAUGGUGUCAUUAGAAAUCCCUCAAGUCAACAUUAUGACCAAAAUGGACCUGCUUAGUCCCAAAGCAAAGAAGGAAAUAGAAAAGUAAGCAGACUAUUUUGUGUGAGAGGAACCAGCUUAUCUUGCGUGUGGAGGUCCUCAUUGCUCCAAUCAUAAGGCUGAAUCUAAUGUUAGUAUUUAAUGCCUGUCACCCAUCUCUUUCUUCCUACUUUUUUUUCCCAUUUCUCUCUACUUAUCUGCACAGUUCAGGAUCUAUAUUCGCUUACACAUUUUUGAUUAAAGUUAUACAUAUAAAAAUGACCUGAUCUGACUUCUAAACAAAAAAAUGCAGACAAUGAAUGAAUGAGCUAAUUUAAACUUUCAAAAAGUUUGCAAAUUGAACACGUUAGUCAUUGAGAAGCAGCAUUAAUUGUUUCCUUUUGUCUCUGAUCAGGUACCUGGACCCAGACAUGUACUCAAUGAUGGAAGAUAACUCAGAUACUUUCAAAAGCAAAAAGUUCAAGAAGCUGACUAAAGCCAUCUGUGAGCUUGUAAGUGAAGAUUUACAGAGUUCAUUUUUUACCCAAGUUCAGACAAACACCCACUCCUUUUGCUCUGUCUGUGUCUCUAGAUCGAUGACUACAGUAUGGUGAGGUUCCUCCCUUUCGACCGCACAGAUGAGGAAGGUAUAAACAUAGUUCUGCAGCAUAUUGACUUCUCCAUACAGUAUGGAGAGGACCUCGAAUUCAAGGAGCCAAAGGUACGGACAGAAAACACGUUUAGUAAUUUCAAUUAAAUCCCAUUGUUUUUAGACUCUGACUGAUACAUAUCUUUACAUUUUUGUUCAGGAGGGUGAUGAGGAGCCAGCUAACCUAAAUUAUGAUGAGAUUUUUCAAGAUGGCAAGGACGGCUAAAGAUUUACAUGACACCAGGAAUCCUGCAUGAAAAGGGACUUGUACUAAAACAACAUCAACAAAAGGAAGGCAAAACCACCACCUUCCAUGACAUGAUGAAGGAGCUUUUUUGGGGGAAAAAAAACAGGCCCUGGUUAUCAUGACUGUGCUCCAUCAUGUGUUCAAAAGUUUGAUCUUUUGUGCUGUUGUGUUGACACAGACAUUUGAGUUGAAGCAACUUGUGUUUUAUUAUUAUGGGACAGUGUUUAAGUUUUAAAGAUGUUCAAUAGAUUUAUAAAUGCUAUAUAUUUUUAAAUAAAUAUUACCCCAAAUGAACCAAUCUUUUUUAAA